AUGGCUCAACGUCAACUUUCGCGUACUCUGCCGAAGAACUUUACCUUCUCCCUCGACGACAAUGAACCCAAGACUCCCGAGCGCCCUAGCACCACUAUGAGUGUGCCUCCUCCACCUCGCCAUUCAAUCUCCAGCUGCCGUCUGCCCAGAGUUCGGGCUCGCGCCGGUACCAAUGUCUGUGCUCGCAUGGACAUGGAUAUGUUUCAAUUCCACGGCUCCGAUGUUCCCCUACCUUCAAUUGAAGUGCCCCCCCAACCGACCACCGACCUCGAGGCGCCUUUAUUUCGUGAUUUCGCCAAAGAUGAGGGAUAUCUUGCGCCUCCUCGCACGCGAAGGGAUUUUAAGACGCCGCCUGCGCAGAUCCGUGGCACGCCUUUCGACUCCUGCGACAAGGAAAGUACGUGGCCAUCGUGGGACCAGACACCUGGCCCAAAUGACAUCAAGCGCCCAGACUCGGCCUGCUCGACUUUGUCCAAUUCUUCAGUUGAAUCCAUUGAAACGUUCGCGUCACGACCAUCUGUAGGAAGUUUCACUAGUGUCGAGAGCGAUUUGUUUGACUCAUACUUCCCUUUGGAGAUGUCCAAAGAACCUGAGGUUGAGUCGCCUUCGCGACCUCAGAAACAGUCGGUGAAUGUCAAAGCGUCCAAGAAGUCCUGGACUCGCGAGAUGGAUACCCACUUAUGGAACACCUAUCAAAUUUACCUUCAGGACCCUACUAUGACUCCGUUCAAGAUGACCCCUGGUAGUAUUCCUCCUCUGGGAGUCACCUCGCGUGUUGCGCGACGCGCCAAGAAGACAUGGGGGCAAAAGAGCAGUCGCAUCGUUGAAUCUGUUUCGAUGAAGUCUGUUGACUCUAUUGGAUUUUCUACACCAAAGGCUGCGGACGAGCAGUUGCAACCAGGCUGGCCCAAGUCUGACUCCAAGACUCGACGACGCCUCAAGAUGCUAUGUCGUCGCAAAUUCUCCAUCUCUCCUCAUUAUCAGCGCAUAAUGCAGUCUCGCACUCCCGAGCCUGUCACGGAGAUGUUUGGCCCUCCUACGGAUACCCGCGUUAAAGACUUUGCUGAUAACUCGGCCUACACUACUCGUGACCUCGGAAUUUCUCUUGUCGCCUCCGAGCCGACUCCACUUUCUCAGGUUACACAAGACUUGCCCUUGACUACGGACUGGUUUAACAACCCUGUACCUACUCAUGUCGAGCCACCAGUGGCCAAGACUCCUAGCCAGCAUCUCCGUACCGGAUCUGCCCCUAACAUACCUCGCCUGGGAUCUCCGUUCGUGUACAGCACUUGGGGCCCCGGUGGAUCAAACCGCCAUGUCCAUGAUCCCAAUGCCCGACGUGGGACCGUUCAUGUUCCGGGUUAUCGUGCCCGACGCAACACAUACUUGGACCAGUCCUUGCCCGACACCGACGAUGUAUUUGCGAGCGUAUCUAGGGAGCAGAAGAAUCCCUCGGAUCAAGAAGUUGAACGUCGCUUGGAGGAUUAUGUUCGUGAUAACAAGUUCCAAGACAUGGGCCAUGGUCGGGUCCGCGUUCGCAAUCGUGGAGCCACCACUAGCGCUGUCAAUCCUAGAGACAUGGACCAGCUUUUCUCACCGCCCUCGUCCCUCAACUCAGGCCCCAUUGAGCCCGAGGAGACCACACCUAUUCUGAAGCCGCCCAUGAACCCAUUAUUGGACCUUGGCGAAAACAUCAAACGCCUUGGCUCACCCUUCCGGAUCGAAGGAGGAUUCAAGCGUCGCGAGGCUCCGAAGCGGCUCACUAGACAAACACCUGCGCUGUCUGAUCCGUUCUUGAGCGGUGGCCCUUCUCACACCAGACUUGAUGACAGCACUUCUCCCAUGCAGGUUUCUCCGGCUCAAGUACAUGAUAAAGCCCCGGAUCCUUUGCCAUACAAUGCCUCGGAGGAUGGCCUUUCUGAUGCCGAGCGCAUCCGCCGGCAAAUCUUGAAUAUGCCCUUUACACGCAACUAG